GUGCCAUGCCCCGCUGAAAAUGUGUGAAAAUUGAAAUAAAAGCAUUAUUCCAGCAUAAUUAAGCAUAUUCGACUAUAGUUAUCUUUUAUCCACUAAAUACUAUUGAUUGAUACGAUUUUCAAUGUAAAUAUGGGUGCCGGAAAGUCAAAGGAAUCAAAUACAAAGAGCUCAGCAACUGUGGAUUUUACACGAUUCAAGGCUCGAGUUGCAAAAAUUAAUAUUAAUGGACUGGAUAGGACGAAAGAUGAUUAUGUGCAGCGAGCAUGUAAAAAGCUCUUUGCUGCCAAGACUUUCCAAGAUGUGCUCAUGGAAACAAAUCAUGCAUACGAAAAUCUUAUAGAACUAGGGAUUUAUAAGAACUUGAAAGCUUUUAUUGAUUCUGACAAGUCUGCAAAUGCAUCACAGAACGGCUAUGUCGUGUCGUUUGAUGGUGAUGAAUUAACAAGGAUAACUGGAACGAUUGGAACUGAAAUCGGUCAAAAUGAUGGAGCACUUACAGCUGAAUUGGUGUCACCCAACAUUUUUGGACGUGGUGAACGAUUGAGUAUUAAUUAUAGCUACAGUUACAUCAAGGCAACUGAAAUGAAUCUUAAGUUUCUCAAGCCAUUCUAUCACACAGAGUUUGGUGAUUAUAAACCUGAGACUUCCAUAACAAUUUUCCGUCAUUCGAAUGUAUUUCCAUGGUCACGUUUCAAGUCUGAUCAUGCUGGUUUUCUGCUAGACUUUUCGUUUCUUAUGCCACUAUCAAUUACUCAUAGUUUACAAUAUGAAUGCGGAAUGAAAGAAAUAUUUGCGAGCAAUAAGCAAACACCUUUCUUCAUUCGACAAGAAUGUGGUCCCAGAUUGGCAUCAAUAUUUCGUCAUAUUGGAGCUUAUGAUACGCGUGAUGAUCGCGUAUUUCCAAGUCAAGGCAUUUAUGUACGUACGACAAGUGAACUUAUUGGCGAUAAACUAUCAAAUUAUGGCGCAGUCAAGUGCGAUGGUCAUGUUGAAAUGAAUGUACCUCUAUUUGCUGGCAUGUCAUUGCAAUUGUCUGGACGAUUGGGAAAAUUGUUUGAAAAUCAACGAGUAAUGAAGCCACUUCCAAUUGAUAGCUUAUUCUUCCUUGGUGGUCCACUAUCCUUACGUGGUUUUGAUCCAGCUGGAGCAACACCUUCACAAGAAGGUUUACCAAAAGGAAGUAGAGUUUAUUGGGCAACAGGUUUGCAUUUAUGGGCACCGCUACCAUUUAGUCGUUAUUUCGGUGAUUUUGGUGAUCUCUUCCGCACUCACUUCUUUUACAAUUUUGGAAACUGUGACACAUUAUCACUAGAUAAUUUGAGAAUAGCUGCUGGCGUGGGGCUUGCAUUUCGAAUUGGUGGACGAGCACGUAUUGAGUUUAAUUAUUGCUAUCCACUGAGGAAACAGAAAAAUGAUAGAAUUAGACCAGCUUUUCAAUUUGGCAUUGGAUAUGAAUUUUUGUAAAGAUUCUGUUCAUCAGACAAAUAAUAAAAUGUUAAAGCUUAAAUUUCUUAGAA